AUGAGCGACAUGGAGGAGAUGUUCGGAGUUUCCAUCGACGCAUCCUCUUUCACAGACACCUGCACCUUCGGGGACCUCACCGACAUUCUCGUUAGCGCCGCCGCACCCGUUGACAAUGCGGCCACGACGGAGCCCAGCACGGCCGACUCGUCCCCAACGCCGUCCUCUGGCUGCUCGACAGACGGCACUGACUCUAGCGUCAUCAUCGACAACACUCGUAUCUCGCUCAAGACAGAGCAGCUGCUCUCAUAUCCGGCCAGCCCAGCCCUUGCCAGUGCAGCUCAGGAGUUUGAGGGCAUCAAGGGUGAUUUCGACAAGUUCGCCGCAAUGUACGGCUUCAGUAACUUCUAUACCAAGGUAGCCGACAAGCAAGCAGACUUGGUUCUCGCCUACGUCGUAGAGGCCUUCUCGGACCUCGGCGUUGACCUCAGUGCACUGAGGCCCGGCGACAAAAUUCCUAAGAUCCCAGUAAUAGCGAGACAUGACCGUAUGCUGGGUGUUUUCCACCAAAUCCUCCAACGCGGCAAGCUGGCCGACUACGAUGGCAGGCAGUACGUCCGCUCAGAGACAAUUGUCGACACCACGCCCUCUAGCAGCCGUUUCAAGGACAUCCUUGCGGAGUUCCCCCAGCAUGCUAAGGAGCAUAACCUCCUGAAUAUCUGUGGUUCAAAGAUGGCUGCGAUUCUAAGUGGCAAGAUGGAUCCGCUAUCAAUCCUGUUCGGCACCAAGGCGAACCGCAGCGUGCUUGACGACGUGUACGCGACGGCCCCUAUGUUCAUCAUCAAUUCCCAGCUUCUCACAUCCUUCCUCGAGAAGGCAUUGUCCAAUUCCACCCCUGGACCUGACGGGAAGUAUCGCAUUGUUGAACUGGGAGCGGGAACAGGCGCAACAACGCAAUGGGUAGUGGACAGGCUUGUGCAGAAGGGGAUACCUAUCGAGUACACCUUCACCGAUAUCUCCUCCGCACUGGUGUCGGGGGCCAAGCGGAAGUUUGCCGGGCUCGAUUGCAUGAAGUAUGGCACUAUCGACAUCGAGAAGCCGCCCGCGGCACAGCAUCUUGGGCAGUACGACAUCGUGCUAGCCACGAACUGCAUCCACGCCACUACCAACCUGCACAACUCUCUGAGCAACAUCAACAAGCUCCUGCGGCCUCAUGGCUUCGUGUCGCUCGUUGAACUUACGACGCGAAACUACUGGCUGGACAUGGUGUUCGGUCUCCUGGACGGUUGGUGGUUAUACGACGACGGCCGCCCCUACGUGCUGGCGACUCCAGAAUUUUGGGAUGAUACAAUGAGGCAGGUCGGGUUCCAACACGUCUCUUGGACGGGCGGCCACAAACGCGAGUCUGAGGUCUGCAGGGUCAUCACGGGUUUCAAGCAGCCUGUUCAGGAUGCAUCUCAACACCGCAGCAUACCCCAGGAGAAGGCUGGCGGCGUUGAAACAGUCGUAUUCACGCACACAGAUAAGCGAUUGCCGCUUCGAGCAGACAUUCACUACCCUUCACCAUCUCAGGCGUCAGCGCAUAGGAAUUGGGUUACCGGUCUCAUAGUUCACGGAGGAGGGCAUGUGAUGCUGUCACGUCAGGACGUGCGGCUGCGUCAAAUCCAACUUCUAUUAGACAAUGGUGUCUUACCCGUGAGCGUGGAUUACAGGCUUUGCCCGGAGACGACCAUUCUCAGUGGGCCGCUUGUUGAUGUUGUCACAGCAUAUGCUUGGGCAAGAAACACCCUGCCAGACCUGAAGCUAACUCAAACGAAAACUAACAACCUUCUCGACCGCAACCGAGCUGUGGUAGUCGGCUGGUCUACCGGGGGCACCUUGGCCAUGUCCUUGGCCUGGACCUCGGUACCGCGUGGCAUCCCAGCUCCAGAUGCGAUCCUUGCUUUCUAUUGCCCGACUGAUUAUGAGGACGAAUUCUGGCGGAAGCCAAAUGUCCCAGACCACUCGAGUGGGUUCGCAAACGAGACCUACAAUGUCAUUGACGGGGUCUCUCCUGCCCCCAUCACCGCAUACAACGUGCCUCCAAAGAUGAUGGCAGCAGCAGGCUGGAUAGCACCAAAAGACCCUCGCAGCCGUGUCGUGCUGCACAUGAACUGGCACGGACAGACACUACCCGUUCUUUUCCGUGGCUUGCCUUCGGGCUCGGACGUGCCAUCACACGCCGCGACCGCAUAUAACAAACUGGAGCAACCCGCAUUAGAUGAGGUAUUGCGCGCAAGCCCUUAUGCCCAGGUUGUCAAGGGCAACUACAAGUCACCGACGCACAUUGUUUUCGGCACUGGAGAUGAUCUGAUUCCAUGGGAGCAGGCCCAGCGUACAGUCGAUGCGAUGAGAGAUGCGGGCAUUCAGUCGGGGCUUACUCUUGCCCCUGGUCAACCUCAUCUGUUUGAUCUCUUUCGGGAUCCUGAUGGGAGCCGUUGGGGCUAUGUCAUGGAGGGCUACAGAUUUUUGCUUGAGAGAAUCGGGAGAGAUAUCAAGUAA